UGUCUCAGUUUCGCUGUGUAGAGUUCAUCAGAAGAGCGUUUCUGUAAUAAUGUCGAGUUUAGUAGCGUUACUUUAUCUAACCGUUCGUUUAAAAGAUCACCGUUUAUAAUAAACUGUUUACUGACUUCUGAGCAACAAUCAAACCCAGAGAUAUCGCUGUUAUUACUGUGGUGGUGUAAGGAUGGUGCUGCUGUCACAGAAAGCGUUACGCUUGCUCAGCGUGAAGCGACUCCUGCAUCCAUACAUCAGCGUGGCUUGGGCCUCCACCCAUAAGGCUGUAAUAUUUGAUAUGUUUGGAGUACUAAUACCAUCACCUCUCCCUAAAGCAACAGAGUGGGAAGAUAAGAAUGGUGUUCCACAUGGCACUAUAGGCCAGGCCAUUAGAACAGGGGGCGAUGGGAACACCUGGAGAAAGUACAUGAGGGGAGAACUGGGGACAGAAGAGUUCUUGGAGGCCUUCAGCCGGGACUGCAGUAAAAUCGUGGGCUUCGAUGUUGAUAUUGGCUCUUUCCACUCAGCAUUAACCAGUGCCUCUAUGGCACAGCCUCUCUCAGUUAUGCUGGAAGCUGUGCAGUGUGUCCGCGCUGAGGGUCUCAAGACCGCUGUGCUGAGCAACAACUUCCUGCUGCCUGGGGGAAAGUCAUACAUGCCAAUGGACCCCUCUCUGUUUGACGUGAUAAUAGAGUCCUGCAGGGUGGGCUUAUGCAAGCCAGAUCCCAGGAUCUAUCAGCUGUGUGCUAACAGACUGGGGGUCUCCACUCAUGAAGCUGUGUUUCUGGAUGAUCUGAGUCACAACGUGGAGGCUGCAGUGCGGUUGGGCAUGCAUGGUAUCACAGUCAGAGAUCCUGCAGUGGCUGUUAAGGAGCUGGAGCAGGUUCUGAAGGUGCCUUUAUCAGGCUUUGUUCCAGGAACCUGCUCUGUGAGCCCCAACCAACAGUUCCCUAUGGACCAGCUGACCAAGUGCCUCAACAAAACUAUGCAGCUGCCCCACACAGAAGCAGUUACUGUCCGACAAUUCAGCCAUAGUGUCUCAGACUCCACCUACCUAAUCAGCUGCAGAGAACAACAGAUUGUGCUAAAAAAGAAAUCAAAUACAGAAGAGCUGAGGAAAGAGUGCAGUCUUCUCAAGACAUUUAAUGAAGUUGGAGUUCCUGUGCCAGAUAUCAUUGGCCAGUGUGAAGUGCCCAGUGUCAUGGACACCCCAUUUUACCUGAGAUCUUUCUGCCCAGGACGAGUGUUUUAUGACCCCUCUCUCCCUGGACUGGAUGCUAAUGGGAAGAAACAUGUGUAUGAGGCCAUGAUUCAAACACUGUGUCAGAUACACAGAGUGGACCUCGGAACCACAAGCCUGCAGGAGCUUGGAGGACCAGUGAACUCAGUGGGAUCUCAGGUGAAGAUGUUGGUUCAGCAGUUUAAGUCUCAUGAGACUCAGCCCAUUCCAGCAAUGAACAGACUGAUGGAGUGGCUCCUGUCACAUCUCCCUGAUCAGCAGAGAACCACACUGCUGCAUGGAAGCUUCAGACUGAACCACCUUGUGUUUGACUCAGAGAAGCCAGAGGUGAGGGCAGUGUUGGGCUGGGGUCUUUCUGCUGUAGGAGACCCGCUUGUGGAUAUGGCUUCCUCUUGUAUGUCCCACUAUUUACCUUCCAGCAGCUCUGCACAACCAGAGAACAAGCUUGAAUCAGAAGGCAUUCCCAGUGCAGAGGAAAUGUUUGAGCUGUAUAGCAAUGCAAUGGGACUCGAGAGCAUCCCGAACUGGCAGUUCUACAUGGCCUUCUGCUUUUUCCACGAGGCUGUCAUCUUACAGACACUCCAUAAAACCACUGCAGGCACUGCAAGUACGAGACACAUAGAGGACAUGGCAGAAGUAGCGUGGGACUUUGCUACUAAGGAGGGCUUCCGGAUCUUCAAUGCCAUGCCAAGGGCAGCAGGGCUUUAAAGAGAGAAUACUACACAUUCACUGUACAGCAUGCAGACAAGAUGAACUCUUCACCUGCUGUGCACUUUUAAUCUCACCAGCACAACAGUCUACUGAAGAUGUCUGGGUCCUUCUUAAAGUCCAAGGGGCUUCAGACUGUGGAAAUGAUCUGUGAUAACUGAGAAUAAAGCCAGCCACACCCAGUUUUUAUGAGCAGCAGUAGCAAGCACUACUACACUUUAUCUGCAUAUCAUGUGCAUGUACAGUUGCAAAUUCACUCCUUAAUUUGGAUUUAAUUUCUUUUAAUUUGCUGUAAAACAGAGAGAAGGAUUGCAGGCUUGUAUCAGCAGGGCUUAUUCAGCCCAAGUAGGAUGUAAUACCAAGACCUGCCAGGUUAGAAGAAUUUAGGUAGAAUAAGCCGGUCAAACUAAUUAAAUAUGUAAAUAAAGAAAUAAGUGUGUAUUUAAUUAUGUGACAAAACAUGUACAUUGAGUGGAGAAGUUAAACUCAGACAAUACACUCAUCAUCAAAGAAAUAGUUGUGCUAUUUGUUACCAGAAUCAAUACAUAAUUCAAAAUAUAUACUGAUAUAAGCAAGUUUUGGUCGUAUUUAUUAAACUACACAUACAGAAGUAGUGUGCAAUUAUAUUUUAUGGGCUUAUCUAUAACAGAACUUUUGAAUGAAUAUUUUACUUUUGUCAUUACUUUACAGAUACAUCAUUUCCUCUUUACUAUCUGAAAUAAAAGUUCCUGUGUCAUUUAACCCAGCCUGUAUAAACAAACAAGCUAAACAUACUUUGUAUAAUAAAUAAAUCUGUCUC